AUGAGUGUAAUUUUUCGAAACAAUACUUCAUUAAUAAUAUUUAUAGCUCUCGUCGUAAUAUUGAUUUCAUGUCCGCCUAUUCAAACUAGUAAAGAUGAUCCUUUUCAGGAUGUUAAGGCUAUAGGCGUUUAUGCUAAUGGAACAAUGUUAUUUGAAGUAAAAGAUAGUCUUCGUUUAAUUUAUCCGAAUGGAACCCCGCACUCUAUUCCCAAAAUUCACUGUAAACAAUGUCAUUAUCAUCUAUUAAAUUCAAGUUAUGUAAUUAUAGAGAAACUAGAGAAACAUAAUCAUUAUUUAAGUAUUUGGAAGGGGAACAAAAUUUUAAAAAGUUUUAAGUAUGAUAAGUUAAAUAUUGGUGAGAAAAAUGAUAGAUUUCUUAUUAUGAGACAUAAUAAAUUUACUGAAUAUCGUAUCGACCAUGAUGAUGGAAUAGUAGAUAUAACAAAAAGUUUACAUUUCAAUAAUUUCAAUAAGAGACAUAAAGAACAUAAAGAACAUAAAGAACAUAAAGAACAUAAAGAACAUAAAGAACAUAAAGAACAUAUUAUUACUAAAAUCUUUUCAUUGGAUGAUGCAUGGGGAAUUAUAUCUUUGGUAAAAACGAAAUCCUUUUUUUCAAUCAUUAAAACUGAAUCCAAAAGUGAAACUCUGACGACCAAAGAAUUGGAAGAUUUUGCCGGUCCCUCUAAAUGUAUUACUAAAAAUAAAAAUAAUGAUAUUCAGUAUUAUUGCUUAUAUAGAACACAUAAUAAUAGUUUAAAACUGGUUAAUAUAAACAAUUUAACGGUAUCUUCAAACGAUAAUACGUUUAAUUUAACAUCAAUUGAUUUAUUCCAAGAUAAUAUUAGUUUUGAAACUAAAACUUUAAUUCAUAUUAUGCCAAAUGUUGGCUUCUUAGUAAAAGCUACAGCAAAAUUAAACCCAAAGUAUUAUAUAUUUAAUAUUUUUGAAAUCGAUUAUUUGGAUCCAAAUAAUGCUUUUGGAGAAUGGAUAAUAGAUAAAAAUGAUAAUGAUUUAAUUGAUGACAUUUUUAUCUUUCCAAAUAACACAGUUAUUCAAAUAAGAAUGAAUGGAACGUACGCAUGGAAUAAUUUAUCUUCAAUAAUACCUACAAAUAAUCCAUACAAAAACACUCAUAUUAAGAGUGUGUAUCCAUCAAAUAAUGUUAAUAUUGGUACAACCACAUUAAAUAUAACAUUCCUCAACGCUAUUGCUUUAAUACAAACUACUGCUAAUAUUUCAAUCUAUUAUGAAACCGGGAUAAACAAUAGUACUUUACGUCAUAAGUUUUUAUGUGUGAAACCACAUUGUAUAAUAAGUGAUAAUUCGCUUUCGCUUACAGCUGAUAUACCAGAAUUUACUUUCAACAUGCCCAAUGCAAUUUAUUAUGUUGAAAUCGAUGAUGGUUUUGUCAAAUAUAAACAUGAUAAUAUAACAAUUCCUGGUAUAAAAGAGAAAAAUUGGAAUAUAACAACUCUGUCAACAGAAUCUAAAUGCUCAAACAAAGAUGAUAAUUUUAAACUUGGUAAAUUACGUUUUAAUUCCAAUGGUACUGAGGAAUUUCGAAAAUUGCCAGAUGCAGAUAAAAAAAUUUUUUCUGAGCAAAUGAGAAUUGAACUUGCGAAUAGUAUUCCAGUUGAUGAUUCAAGAAUUGAGAUAAACGAUAAUAAAUAUGAAUUUGACAUGGUUUCAAGUGUAAAUUUGUAUUUUUCUAUUCAGAUUAAUCCUCCAAACGAAGAUAGUUUUAAUAAAAAAUGUUCAGAAGAAGUUUUUGACGAUUUAAAUUCUUUAAUUAAAACUAGUAAAAAUUUUACAACAAUUCUUGAUUUAAAUAAUCAUAAUAAUCAUACAGAAAAUAUUGAUAAAGAUUAUGGAUUUCAAGAAGCAAGUAGCACAUUUGAGAAACUUAUAGCUAGUUUUAAAAACUUCAUAGCGAAUCGUCAGUAUUUAAUAGUAAUAAUAGUUUGCUUAAUUCUAACAAUGUUAUAUUUUUAUGGAAGAUACAAGAAUAAAAAGGGAACAAAUAUAAUUGUAUUUAAAGUUGCAUUAAUUAUUAUUGAUCUUAUAAAUGAUAUAAAAUUUAUUAUUAAACUUAAAACCAUUUCAUCGGAUCUUUUUAUUCCGAGUGUUUUGUUUUUAUUAUUUCCUUUUAUUUUGAAUGUAUUUUUUGCCAUUGCAAUAUUCAAAUUUGAAAUACAAAACUCUAUAAAUUCUGAAUGGUUCAAAAAUUACAUAAAACCAGUUGCAAUUGCGACAAUUUUAAGUUCAGGAGAUAUUGAAUUACUUCAUAUAUUUGAUUCAAAUUUUGGUGGAUUUAAAAUUUUUUCAGUAAAAUUUUCUUCAGAAACAUUAAAUUUAAUAUUCUGGGGAGGAUUUUCGAAUAUUAUUCUGGAAAAUUUACCUCAAUUAGUAAUUCAGAUUCUUUAUGCUACUAUUAAAUCUUCCUCUGCAAUUAUCAAGCUUUCUGCUUCUACGAAAGAAUUAGAUGAAGUAAAGGGAAUCUUAUAUGUCGAUACAAGUUCUCCAAGAAUUUUUAUAUGUAAAGAAGUAAUAAAUUCAUAUAACCUAUCUAUUACUGAUCCAAAAGGACCUAUUUCAGUUAGACUUAAUAAAAGACAAAUUCUGGCGCUCUUGGAAGUCUCGGAAGAAGUCAUCCCUUCUUCAUUUGCGUUGCGUCCUAUUUUUCAGUCGAAUUAUAAUUCACAUUUAAUAGUUGAAUAA